GUCUCUUCAAUAUUCAACUCCAUCAUCAACUAUAUAACCCACUUCACACGUUCCUUCUUCCUCCUAAUUUUCAACACACGUUGAAACAGAUUCAAUAUAAUCCUCAAAAAUGGAGACUUUAAGCAACAAUGGUGAAAGUUCUCAGAAGAAAAGAGAUGGGUCGUGUUGUUCUUCUUCUGGUAAAGUAGUUAAGAACAAGCCGUUAGCUAGUUCUACUGGUUCAUGUUCUUCAGAUUUGACAGAACAUGCAAAAACAUCUCUUCCUGUUGGGAAAGCUACUACUGUGUUCAAAUAUAGUAAAUCAGAUGAAAAAGAAAAUGAACCUGUUUCUCAAGUUGAGGAUAAGAAAAUUGCUGGUAUCAGUUCAAGAGUUUCUGGAUCAGGAGUUGAUAUGAUGAAGGAGAGGUUUGCGAAACUACUGCUAGGUGAAGAUAUGUCAGGUUGUGGAAAAGGAGUUAGCACUGCUUUGGCUAUCUCAAAUGCUAUUACUAAUUUGUGUGGAACUGUAUUUGGGCAAUUAUGGAGACUAGAACCUGUGCCUUGUGAGAAGAAAGAGAUGUGGCAGAGAGAAAUGGAUUGGCUUCUUUGUGUUGGUGAUCAUAUUGUUGAGUUAAUGCCUUCUUGGCAAACUUUUCCGGAUGGUAGUAAGCUUGAGAUAAUGACUUGCAGACCAAGAUCAGAUAUUUGUAUGAAUCUUCCAGCUCUGCGAAAACUCGACAACAUGCUUCUUGAAAUUUUAGAUAGUUGCACAGCCAUGGAGUUUUGGUAUGUGGACCAAGGAAUUGUGGCACCAGAUGCAGAAGGAUCGGCCUCUUUUCGCAAAAGAAAUCAGAGGCAAGAGGAGAAGUGGUGGCUCCCUGUACCUCGUGUCCCGCCUUCCGGUCUAAGUGAGAAUUCAAGAAAGAAGUUGAAUCACACACGCGAAUGCGCUAGCCAAAUACUUAAAGCAGCCAUGUCUAUCAACAGCAUUGCUUUAGCUGAUAUGGAAGUUCCUGAGUCCUAUUUGGAAUCCCUUCCUAAGAAUGGAAGAACUUGCUUAGGCGAUUUUAUUUACCGAUACAUCACAUCGGACCAAUUCUCUCAAGAGUGCUUGCUUGAUUGCAUAGACAUCUCCAAUGAACAUGUUGCAUUAGAGAUUGCUAACCGAUUGGAAGCCGCAAUUUUCGUAUGGCACCGAAGAUCUCACUCUAGACCGCCACUUUAUCCUGUCCGUUCGACUACAAAGUCGUCUUGGGACAUUGUCAAGGACUUCAUAGUUGAUGGAGAUAAGAGAGAAUUACUUGCAGAGAGGGCUGAAAACAUUCUACUUUCUUUGAAGCAGCGGUUUCCUGGUUUAAGCCAAACUACAUUGGAUAGCACCAAAAUCCAAUGCAACAAGGAUGUUGGAAAAUCAAUACUUGAAAGCUAUUCAAGAGUUUUGGAGAGUAUGGCAUUUAACAUAGUAGCUCGUAUCGAUGAUUUACUAUAUGUUGAUGACUUAACCAAACAUUCAGACAGGUUUCCAUUGGCUCCAAUGGUUAACAUGGUUUCUGUUGAGGAGUCUAGGGAAAUCGAGAGCACCAACGUGCGUCAAAUGCUCCAGGAUUACAAGAGAGGAGAGAAAAAGGUUUCACAACAAUUAUUAGUGUCUGUCUCAGACACUCAACACAACAAAACAAAAUUUGGCACACCUAGUUGUUCACCUGUGUCACUGAUUAGUCCUGUAAAGGGAGAGAUAACUCCUUUUAUACGCAACAAAAACGAAAUCGUUAAGCCUCAACGACGCGGUUUCGGUGUGAAGAGAGUGUUGUCGAAUUAUCUUGGAGCAGAGGUUAAAGCAGCAACAACUCAUGAGGUGAAUAACUCAAAUUCAAGUUGCAAUAGAACAGAAGAACAAGAGAGUAGGAGAGAAACGUGUGCCAUGAAAAGCAAGACAAAAUGAUGGGUGAAGAGUGCUAUUUUAUUGUAUCAUUAUUAGUAUAUAGUAUUGUUUAUUGAGUCCAAUGAAAAAAGAGAGAGAAAAGUAUGGUUGAAAUCUGAAAGGUUCAAUUCAGAGGAUCAAUUGUAUGAGUAGAAUUGUUUGAGAGUGAGUUCAAUGGUCUUGUGUAUUAUUUAUUUAUUUAUUUAUUGAUUCAAUGUGUACUCUUAAAAAUAUCCAUUCAAGAUCAAUUUGAAAUUUUACCU